AUGUCUAUGAAGGUUCACUUGGAUAAUGCAGAUACAGAUACGGACAUGGGGGAUGGCGACGAUGGAGGUGAGGAUGGAUAUGCCGACGAAACCUCCACCCCAAAUACCUUUAUCCCACCAAUACAAGACCCACCGCCGCGUCGGAAUCCCCAGAAAAUCAUUCCCGCCAAUACGUUUGCGGGCAAUUAUCGCUCCAUCUUCACACUGAACGACUCGGGCAGCAAGCUACUUCCUCUUCUAAAUCAUGUCAAUUGCAGCUACCUCUCCACACCCGGAAUUGCACCCACAAUCCUGCAGCUAAAACAACAUGCGCAGUCUCUCGUCGUGCUCAUCAAGUCACUGACGGUUUCGACGUUCCCGGCAGUCAUCGACAACGUGAACUCUGGGGUUGAGGGGAUGCCUGCGUUCAACGAUGGCGAGACAUAUGAUUUCCUCAAUGACCUUACAAGACCGUACUUGGGCCCCAAAAGGCCAGAGCACCAAACACACCACAAUAUGCCUCUCACCACCCUUCUCAAUGUACUGGAAGAAGAGAACAUUCCGGGAGAAGACGGCAAGCCAGACAGGAUCAAGCUCUGGGACGUCUGUCCUCUUCACCACGCAGAGAAAACGCCCAUUAACCAGCCAAGUCUUCCAUACGCGACGCACCAAAACUUGAUAUCGCACGCAAAUGAAACGCUCGAGCUGCUUGAUCAUGAGUAUAGCGCUAAAGGUGGCCUACUUUCCAUCCUUCCCACGAAACUCGAGAAGGAAGAUCGAGAAGCAGCAGAGUCUACACUCCUGGGCCAGUUGAUUCUCUAUAUCCAACGCCUAGUCCAACGGGCCCACGAUCUCGAGCGCUGCUACGCAAACGCCAUGGACGUAAUCGCCGGCGAAGCCAUCGUUCCCCACCAAGCACUUUCGAGACUCGGUCCCGACGGACGCCAACCACGAGAUAUGGUGUUCCCACAAGACCGCUUCGUGCUCGUGAAUGCCGGUAAUGAUCUAUACCAGUUCCUGAACGACGAGUUCGAGAAGAAGGAACGGACCGAUGAGGCCGUCAUGGCAAACUGGAAACAGCUAGGCCUGACCGGCGAAGCAAUCUGGGAGAACCGGGGCGGGAAAGAGAUGAACAGAGGUAUCGUCGCUCUCGACGUAACAACGCGUUACUACCGCUUAAAAGGCGAUGCCCUAAAAACCAUCUUCGUCAUCCCCGCGCACCAAGAACACCCCGGUACCAGCGUAACCCGCGAGCUCGAAUCCAAACCCACGGUCGUCAGCGUUGUCAAGCCCACGUGGCCCGACCGUGUCUCGACGUGGGAGAUGAAACACCGCGGUGACCUGGAAGCCUUCAAGACGAACCAGCUCGAGCUGGCCGACCUGCAGAGCCAAGUCGAACUCAUGCGUGAGAACGAGGCCGUGCUGAAGUACUCAUGGGAGACAGCGCAGGGAGAGGCAAGGGAAUGGAAGAGAGAGUUGGACGAGCUGAGAGCGACGCUGAAUGAGCAGCCGAACAAAUCCAAGAAGCGAGACUUCGAACGCGUCCAGGAGGUUAAUAAAUUGCGCCAGGCGCUCGACGACGCGAAGUCCCAGACGGAGAAAGACAGGAAAGCAGCAGCCGAAGAGCGGAAACUAGCCGAGACGCUGCGAAAGGAUUCAGAACGGAGGAACCUGGAGCAUCAGCAGCGCAUCAAAAAAGACGAAGCGGAAUUCGACGCAGAGGUGCAGAGAGACCGAGUGAGGAUCGCGAAGAAGGAUGCCGAGAUAGGUCAGAAUGCCAUCGAGCUGCAGGAGAAGCUGCGGGCUGCGUGGCAGACGCAGAUCCAGGAGACGACUAUCGUUACCGCGUAUCUGAAUGGCAAGCUGGCGAUUAUCGGGACGGAUGAGGCGGAUGAGGAGGUUAAGCUGGUGGCGGAGAAGUGGGCGAGUGCGAUCAUUGAUGCGGCUGUGCCGAAAUCUGGUAUUAGACUUGGGAGGGGCAAUGGUAGUGGUAGUAGAAGCGGAGCACCUAGAGCCGCCACAGCCACAGCCACCUCGAAAUCAGAUUCCAGCACAACGAUGGACAUGGGACCAGCCUCCAGCGACGACAAACUGGCCUUCGGCACGGACGCGGAAUUCGAUGAAGAAUUUGGCAUUUAG